GUUUGACAACAUUCAUCUUGAGACGAUCUGAGGUGUUGUACAGUAUAAGAUGUCUGUUCCCUUCUCCAACACAAACCUGCGGAUCCCUAGAGGAUUUGGAAAUUUACUGGAGGGACUUGCCAGAGAGGUGUUGAGAGACCAGCCUGAGAAUAUCCCCACCUUUGCUGCUCUCUACUUUGCAGGGCUUCUUAAAGCCAGACAGGAAAGUGGCCUAGAUCCAGUAGAGUGGGGUGCAAGGUUGGAAGACAGGUUCUACAAUAAUCAUGCAUUUAAGCAGAAUACAUCAACGCAAGGAAACUCCAGUUCACCUAAGGCAAAUAGGAGAAACAAAGCUGGUAAUUCGGAAACUGUUGGAAACAGUGGAACUCAACGCUCCACAUUAAAAGGCCACAGUGCUAAUAAUUCCUCUGAUAAUUCAGAAGACACAAAGGUAGAGCAAAACGAUGAGUUAGAUGAAGAAUUCGGUGAGACACCUGCAGAUAUUGCCUAUAUGGGAACAGCCAAUGUUGAUAUAUGUGCACAAGACCCCGGCGAGGUUCCAGAACCAACAUUAGAAAAUACAGAGCUACCAAGAGAUGAUGGGGCAGCAAAAGAGUCAAAAGAUAUUGAUAUCUGCAGAGCUGAACUUGAGCCUACACCUGUGCUUUCCUUUGGUGGUCUUGCAAAUGUGGAUGUAUGUGCUGAAGAGGUAAACCCCUCCAAGGAUUCACAAGACCAGUUAACAAUGUCUUUUGUUGAAACCCCUUCAAAUAUUGAGCAGUUUAUAGACAAACAAUCCAACAAAAUGUCUGAUGAUGAAAACACUGAGGAACCACAAUUUUAUGGUCAUAGUGAAGAUGCUGAGCAGGGAGUCUCAGAAAUUACUGACACUUUAUUGGAGAACUCUGGCCCAGAGGAAAAGAGCACUGAGCAGGUUUAUUUAGAGGAGUCAGCAAAAAGCACUGUUGCUCUUGAAAAAGACAUAACUGAAACCGAUACCACAAGCAGAGUUGAAGAAGGGCUGGAAAUAGGAGAACAUCUUAAAGAAAAGGAUGAUUUAGUGAACAAUGAAGACCAAGAAGAGAUCAAUCAUGAGUACAGCAGCACCAACGACUUAUUAGAAGACGAACCUGUUGCAGAAACAACCACUUCUGCAACUGAUAUUAAUAGCAGAUCACUGAUCGAAAUGAAAGACACAUGCAUUGACAACAGUGAUGAAACAAAUGAUAGUAAAAGUGAAGUCAUAGAUGUACUGGACGAAGCCAUUAUGAGCGCUGAUCAUCAAUGCUCUGCCCAUACAGAUGAGCAUGAAUCUGAUCAACAGAGUACGUCUAAAAUUAUGGACGCUAUGGUGGAGGAAGACCUUUUUGAAGAUCAAACUGAUGCUCUGGAGCCAGAUUCACAGUUGAACGACAAUGACAGUGACUCCGAAGUAACAGAAGACAUGACAGGCAAUGAGAUUUUAUAUACUGAUGUAAUGGACACCUCUGAGAACUAUCUAAACACAGGGAAUGUAAAGGAAGGGAGUGAUCUUGACAGUGAUGUUGAAGAGAUGGACCAGGAUGAAAUAGGCCAAGCAGAGAAAGACGAAGCUGACCAAACCAAAGGCAACACUCAAGAUGAGAGGUCUUAUGAUUACGUUUCAAACAUGCAUCAGCAAGAUACUGUGAAAACUGAGGAUGCGGCAGAUGAUGGAAUCAAUGAUGCAGAACUGAACGAAGGUAUUGUGCCCUCUGAAACCAAGGAAGCUGUGGUCUUCAGGCCUUUGUCAGAGGGAACAGAGAGAAAAACAGAGGUCAUAACUGAUGAAGAUCUUACAGAGUCACAUGAAUUGACUGAAAAUACUGAGACUGAUGCAGAUCAGGAGGAUCACUUGGAGGAACAAAGAGAUAAAUGUCAAGAAUCGACAAUUCAAAGUGAGAACCAGAAGAAUCCUGAAAGCAGUAAACAAAAGGAGGAAUGCAGCCAGCCACAGGAGGAGGAGGACAUCAUGGACAUCCCCUUGGAUGACCCAGAAGCCAAUAAGGCAGCCGCCAAAAUCCAGGCUGGCUUCCGUGGUCAUAUGACCCGGAAGAAGAUGAAACCUGGUGAAAAGGCCAACGAGGAGGUGAGCAGCAGUGGUGAGGCCCUCAAUGGCAGCCAAGGGGACAUAGCAGGGGGAACAGAUGGAGUAGAGACAGAUGCCACAUCUGGACCAGAGCAGUGAAGACCUCCUUCUCAAUGUGGACAGCAGUGUGGCCUACUGGACGCUUUCUCAUGAGGGACUUUUUGCGUCGAAAAAAGUUGUAAAAUGAGGCUGGAUAUGUCAUCUGAUGUGUGAACUCUUUCUCGUUUUUCUGCUUCUUAUCCAGUCUGGUUAAAAAUGCUUUUGCAUCCCUAAAACAGACAUCUGUAUACUCCCUGAUAAUGUUUUAUUCAGAUAUUUGUUUGAAUCAGAGAAUGAAUGCCAUAGAAUAUAGCAUUCUUCACUCAUACAGUCAAGUUGAGUUUUGUCAUUGAUAUUGCUUGAUAUGUUUCUUUUCUGUGGUGGUAUGUUUAUGAUUACUCUGAUUUUACCAUGUAGCCCUUACUAACACGAUAAGAUGUGCAGUUUGUUAUCAGUCACGACAUACUUUGUUUAAAAUUGGGUUGACUUACUUGUAUGGUUUGCUCCUUGUAAUAUGUAAGUGGACUUUUCUCAGUCUUUUUAACAGAUGAAAUCAGAGCUUCCAAAGCAGCAUAUGGCAUGCCAAGAUUAAAUCUAUUUGUUUUCAUUUAUUUUGUCUUUAAUUAGUACAAUUAUUUAUAAAGUCCUUUAAGGCAGUGCAUAUUAGAGUUUCAUUAAGUGUGUGACAAAGAUUAAAAACUGCUUAAUGAGUGAUAGUGCAGAUCGCCUUGCAUGUUGACAUCAGCAUCAUUAAGCUCUGUAUCGGUUGAAAAGUGAAUAAAUGGUCAGAAAUGAGCAUGCUUAGAAAAUGA